GAGAGAGGAAAUUGAAAUAGAAGAAAUUACACUGCUUGAAUACGCAAUCAGUUUAGCAGCUACAAGGUCUGAGCAACAUCAUCUGAGCAGGAGCGAGUGAGUGUUUUUUAUAUCAGUGAGUGGGAGGCUGGAGUGAGGAGGCAAAAAGAGAGAAAGGCACUGUGCAGCUUUGAGGCGUUCCAUCAUCCACCAAACUCCUGCAGCUUCCCCUCCCUCCCCUCCUCUUCCUCAUCCUCCUCCUUCUGGAGACUGAGAGAGAGAGCAACAGAGAGAGGAAGAGCAAGAAAGACUGAGCAACAGAAAGAGAGAGAAAGCAAGAGUCACGCUUACAAGCCAGCAGAGGAGAGACGUCAAAAGGAGGAUCUACAAAGGGGGGGGGAACAAAUCUUUCUUCUGCUGCUUCCCUUGUGUAUCCUAGAGGCAGCAAGUAGCAAAGAGGAGGAUCCAGCUGGCAAAUUUCUGCGCUGGUUCCCCCACGAUUCCUGUGGCCGAAUCACAGUGCGUGGAGCGCACAGCUGCCGAGAGCUCAGUCGGUGACAUCGCUCCGCAGUACUCUGGCGUAGAAGAGCCAGGAUGCUUAACAACCUGACGGACACAGAGGAGGGGGAUGGAGGAGCGCAAAGCCAGGGUGACAGUAACCCUAAGGAGAGCAGUCCCUUCAUCAACAGCAGUGACACCACCACAGAAAAAAGCCAGCAGUAUGACGGAAAGCACAUGGCCUUGUUUGAGGAGGAGAUGGACACCAGUCCCAUGGUGUCGUCUCUGCUCAGCAGCCUGGCAAACUACUCCAACCUGCCCCAAGGCAGCAAGGAGCACGAAGAGGCCGAGAAUAACGAGGCUGAGUCAGCACGCAAGAAACCUGUCAAGGCCCCCCAGCUGGGCACUCUGAUAGGUGUGUAUCUGCCGUGCAUGCAGAACAUCUUUGGGGUGAUUCUCUUCCUCAGGAUGACCUGGUUGGUGGGCAUCGGUGGCGUCUUUGGGACAUUCAUCAUCGUGUUCAUGUGCUGUGCUACAACAAUGCUGACUGCCAUCUCGAUGAGUGCCGUCGCUACCAAUGGAGUAGUGCCAGCUGGAGGCUCCUAUUACAUGAUUUCCCGUUCACUUGGCCCUGAGUUCGGGGGUGCGGUGGGGAUCUGUUUUUACCUGGGCACCACCUACGCUGGAGCCAUGUACAUCCUAGGGGCCAUCGAGCUCCUCCUGAUCUACAUUGUGCCAAAAGUGGCCAUCUUUCCCCUGGAAGGUCUGGAAGGUGAUGAGAGGGACGCCGCUCUGCUGAACAACAUGCGUGUGUACGGAACAAUCCUGCUGACCUUUAUGGCUACUGUGGUGUUUGUUGGAGUGAAGUACGUCAACAAAUUGGCCCUUGUGUUCCUGGCCUGUGUCAUUCUCUCCAUCCUGGCUGUCUAUGCUGGGGUCAUCAAAACCGGCUUUGAGCCUCCAGACUUGCCAGUGUGUCUUUUGGGAAACCGCACAUUGGUGUGGAAGGACUUUGACGUGUGCGCAAAGACUAUUGAGACAGCUAACGGAACAAUCACCACCCAGCUGUGGGAAAUGUUCUGUGACUCACCUUUCCUAAAUGCUACCUGUGACAAGUACUUUGCAGCUAACAAUGUGACACAGGUCCAGGGCAUCCCAGGCAUCACCAGCGGACUCCUGUCAGAGAAUUUGUUUGGGAACUACUACGAGAAGGGGGAUCUGAUAGCCAGGGCACACUUACAGUCAGUGCAAGAUGAAGACGACCCUCUAACCAACUCUAAACUCUACGUGCUGGCCGACCUCACCAGCUUCUUCACAUUGCUGGUCGGAAUCUACUUCCCUUCUGUAACAGGGAUCAUGGCUGGUUCUAACCGCUCUGGGGACCUGCGGGAUGCUCAGAGGUCUAUCCCCAUUGGAACUAUCGCCGCCAUCACCACCACCUCUAUCGUCUACAUGUCGAGUGUGUUCCUGUUUGGUGCCUGCAUUGAGGGUGUGGUCCUCAGAGACAAGUUUGGGGAGGGUGUCCAUGGAAACCUGGUGAUUGGCACAUUGGCUUGGCCAUCACCAUGGGUUAUUGUGAUUGGUUCCUUCUUCUCCACCUGCGGGGCAGGCCUCCAGAGUCUGACAGGAGCUCCUCGUCUCAUGCAGGCAAUCGCCAAAGAUGGCAUUGUGCCUGCCCUUCGGGUCUUUGGCCACGGCAAGGCGAAUGGGGAACCAACAUGGUCUCUACUGCUGACGGCCUGUAUCUGUGAGAGCGGAAUCCUCAUCGCUUCUCUGGAUUCAGUCGCUCCCAUCCUCUCUAUGUUAUUCCUGAUGUGCUACAUGUUUGUCAACCUGGCCUGCGCCUUGCAGACUCUGCUAAGGACUCCCAAAUGGAGACCCCGCUUCAAGUUCUACCACUGGGCUCUGUCUUUUCUGGGGAUGAGUUUUGUGUCUCACUUGAUGUUCCUCUGCUCAUGGUAUUACGCCAUUGUCGCCAUAGCAAUUGCGGGCUCCAUCUACAAGUAUAUUGAGUUUGCAGGGGCGGAGAAAGAGUGGGGUGAUGGGACGGGACUCUCUCUCAGCGCCGCACGUUACGCUCUCAUGCGACUGGAAGAAGGACCCCCACACACCAAGAACUGGAGGCCCCAGCUACUGGUGCUGGUUAGUACAGAUGCAGAGCAAAACGUGGAGCAGCCCCGUCUGCUUUCUCUGACAAACCAGCUCAAAGCAGGCAAAGGCCUGACUAUUGUCGGCACGGCCUUAGAGGGCACCUACCUGGAGAACUAUGAGCAGUCGCAGCGUGCAGAGCAGGCACUGCGUAAGCUGAUGGAGACUGAGAAGGUGAAGGGCUUCUGUCAGGUGACCGUGUCCUCCAACCUACGUGAUGCCACCUCGCAUCUGCUCCAGGCCAGUGGACUGGGAGGCAUGAAACAUAACGCUGUGCUGGUCUCCUGGCCACGCAACUGGAAGCAAGGAGAUGAGCACCAGACCUGGAGGAACUUUGUUGAGCUGGUCCGAGAAACCACCACCGCUAAUCUGGCGCUGCUUGUCCAAAGAACAUCGCGUCUUUCCCAGUCAAACGGAGAGCGUUUCAGUGAGGGUCACAUUGAUGUGUGGUGGAUCGUUCAUGAUGGAGGCAUGCUGAUGCUGCUGCCUUCUGCGCGCCAGCACAAGGUUUGGAGGAAAUGCAAGAUGCGUAUCUUCACCGUGGCCCAGAUGGACGACAACAGCAUCCAGAUGAAAAACGACCUGACAACGUUUCUGUAUCAUCUCCGUAUUGACGCCAUGGUGGAGGUUGUAGAAAUGCAAGACAGCGACAUCUCAGCCUACACCUAUGAGAAGACUCUGGUAAUGGAACAACGUUCACAGAUGCUAAAACAGAUCAAAAUGACCAAGAGUGAGCGAGAGAGGGAGAUUCAGAGCAUCACUGAUUCGUCCCGCGGGUCGAUCCGCCGCAAGAACCCGGCUGCUGUUACCACCCAGCUGAGCGUGACGGAGGACCAGCCAGCAGGCAGCAAGGAGGAGAAGCCUGAGGAGGAGUCAAAGUCGGCCUCUUCCCCUGUCUCCACCCCCGCCCAGGUCCAGCUUAUUCAAGACAGCACCACUGCGCCAAGCCCCGCCACCCCGGCCACCCUACUGACCCCCACGGAUAGCAUUCAGAGCCCCGGGGAGCAGGUCCAGAGGACCUGGACUGAGAAGUGUGAUGGGCAAUCGGCCAAACCGCCCGGUGCCGCAACACCGGAGGGCAUCAAAGACAUCUUCAACAUGAAGCCUGAGUGGGAGAACCUGAACCAGUCCAAUGUGCGGCGUAUGCACACAGCACUCCGGCUGAAUGAAGUCAUCAUGAAAAAGUCCUCAGAGGCCAAGCUAGUCCUCCUCAACAUGCCCGGGCCUCCCAAGAACCGGACAGGUGACGAGAACUAUAUGGAGUUUCUCGAGGUCCUCACCGAGGGCCUCAACCGGGUCCUCCUGGUCCGCGGAGGCGGACGCGAGGUUAUCACUAUCUACUCCUGAAAGACCUGCCCCAUCCCAUCCCCACCACCUCUCCUUUAGCCCUACUCCUGUAUCACAUGUGCGCUCAUCCUCUUAUCCACACUGCUUUUUCCCCAUCGCAUCACUUUUAAACUUUUAUUUAUGUUAAUCUUCUCACACCCAACUGAUAGCCCAGCUCAGCUCAAGUCCUGCAAGCUGUUGUAAUUCCUGUAGCCUCGAGAAUCCUUUAGACGCUCUCUGAAUUUGUCUCCCUCCCCCUCUCCUGACUUUCAUUGAUAGCCUAUUAAGUGGCAGCGAUUUGAGGUGCAGAGUGUGCGGGUUGUUCGUUGAGGUGUGAGCGCACAUGCAUGUACGUGUCCUCUACUCAUUUUAAUCUCUUCUGAAACCUCUUUUUAUAACGAGUGUGGCAUCAAAGUGUUUCUGAGAACAAGAGCCAGCUGAACAAGCCGGAUCGGACGUUUAGUUCCCUGGCGGUGGAUGGACGCCUCCCACAAGGCGCCGCUACAUCACAGCCAGGACCACCAGCUGUAAGGAGGAGAGGAUGAACUGUGACAAAUCACACGGCGUUCAGAGAAGACGGGUUGAGAUCCGUCCGUGACUACCUGCAGUAUAUUGCACUCGUUAUCCUCAUUGCAUUUUAGCGUCUUGUCGUGUUCUCCGUUUUUGUUCUGUCUCUUAAUCACUCCAUGUCUUUUUACUCAUCUUGUAGUGGCUGUUUGUCCCCAUGGCCACUGUCAGUGCCAAAAAAAAAGAGAAAAAAAAGAAAUGAGAGGCUAUCUUAAUAUGUAGAGUUUGACACGUAAUUAAAACUGUGAACGAUGUGUUUCCGAGCAGAUGUUUGGCGCGGCGCUAGAGUGUGACGAGAGUAUACCCGAAGAGAUUAUUAUUGCCAGCAGCCCUCGAGCCUCGUACGGAUCACUGUAAAUAAUGUACAAGCUCUGACGCGUUGUUCAGUUUGUCUGUAGUAUUUUUGUGACUUCCUAAAUGCUUGUGGUGGAAAGAAAAAGCUUCCUUCACUCAGAGGGAUGGUUCCAAAAUGCUGUUUUUAAAGAAAACCUAUUUAUUAGAUACAUAUUGCGCGGCUUAGGCUCCUGUCAAUCGUAAACUUGAUAAGCACCUGCACUGUGCAACGAGUGAUAACGAAUCCAUCCAGCUCAUUAAAUAAGUAAGACAACUAUUUUUACAUCUAGAGAACAAAUUUAUGUUUAUAGACAGAAUUUACACAUAGUUCUAUUAUCAUUUUAUCCAAAAAAACGUAGUUUGUUUUUUUUUGCCAAAUUUAGAUACCUUAAAUGUGCCAUAUAUAUAAAAGUAUUUUUCAAAUAAAUACAUUUAUUGAUUAAAAGUGAGAGAAGUGCUAAAAAUCAGAACCCAGAGGUGUUUACAUUAAGCGGUGGUUGUGAACUCGCCAUAUCGAUAACAACUGUCAGCUCUGAAUAUACAUCAGUUGACAUAAACGGAGAGGACGGCGGCUUCUGUAGCUCGGACACUCACUACGACUGAACUCUAUGCAGCAAGACUCUCCGCUGAGAUUGUCCGUCCUCUGGGCUGGAAACCUCUCAAACCACGCGCGUCUCCCCCCACCCCAGCAACUUGUGAGCAAAUCGCAUUUAGAUUUAAAAAAAAGGAAUGUGCAAUAGUCAAAAACCAGACUCAUGUGAUCAUGCUAUUUAUUUUUUUAACACAUAUAUUUUGUAUAUGUAGAUUUGGUACAUCUUAGGACUCGAGCAUCAUCUCACUCUGACCAAGGACAGCUGUCACCUUCUUUUCCUUUGUGUUCUCAAGGAAACUGUUUUUUGGUCAUUUGCACUUGUAGUAGAUCAAAGAAUAUAAAUAAAAUCAUAUAUACAUAUAUA